AUGCAAUUCGGAGUACCACUUUUGGUCCUCUGUUUGGCCCUUGGCUCAACAGAGGCAACGAUUUCUCUGAAACUCGUCUCCAGACUUUAUCUACCUUUUGACAAGUUGCCAGUCGGAGGAGGGGCAGGUGGGGCAGGAGGUGCCGGUGGUGCCGGAGGAGGCGGUGGAGGGGGUGGUGGAGCUGGAGGUAGAGGAGGUGGUGGAGGAGGAAGAGGACAGACCGGCGGCAUGUAUGCCCUGAACAAUGGCGUCGCUUUCAAAUCAGCUUAUGACAUGGACAAACAAUUGGCAUACGUGGGAGGCGGACAAUUUGUUCAGAUUGUCGACUUUUCCGACGUCGUUCAACCCAAGGUAGUGAAACAGAUCGCUACGGAGGGCCCAGUUGCAGACAUUGCAGAAUGUGGCGAUUUGGUUGCGUUCACUCAGCCAGGAAAGCCUCACUUCACUGAUGUAGGAUCACUGAAGAUCUAUGAGAAAUACAACCCAGCCACCAUGAUGAUGAAAGAACUAUGCUCUGUCGAAGUUGGUUCUCAGCCUAUCGCCGUCCGCUUCGCCCAAGGUUGCAGCCUCAUCAUCGUCGCCAACGAAGGCGUGAUGGGAGAGAACAACUAUACUAAGAAAUACGUCAACCCUGAAGGCACCAUCACUACAGUUAGGCUAGCAGGUUCAGUUUCUAAUGGUCCCAGUCAGCAGAUCGUGAACACCACGUUUGGUGCUGGUGGUCCAAUGAUGACCACACCGAUGGCUGGUUUCCCUCGUGGUACAACGUGGAGCCCUAAUGCAGGAGCAGGUGGUCAAGGUGGUCAAGGCCAAUACCCAGGACAAGGCGGUCAGGGCGGUCAGGGCGGCCAAGGCGGUCAAGGCCAAUACCCAGGACAAGGCGGUCAGGGCGGACAGGGCGGACAGGGCGGCCAAGGCGGUCAAGGUGGCUACCCCGGACAAGGCGGACAGGGUGGACCAGGUUAUUACCCCGGUCAGGGCGGUCAAGGCGGACAAGGCGGACAAGGCGGAUGGGGCCAGGGAGGAGGACAAGGCGGCCAAGGUGGUGGAAAUAACCCUCAGUAUCCCAUGAUUCCGACUACACCUUUACCCGGUACAAUCUGCAAUGGAACAUCUACUAUGAGCUACGUUGUCAAUCAGAUCAACUUCCACAAAUUCAACGCACCAGCCGAGGUCCAGCGAUUGAAAGCACUCCACGUUCGUCAGCCUUACACAGGUCAGUUGGGUGACCCUGGUCCACACACAUUCUCACGAGGACUUGAACCUCGACACAUCACACUGGAUCAACAGGAACAGAUCGCUUACAUCAGCUUACAGGAAAAUAAUGCCAUCGCAGUCGUCGAUUUGAAUAACAACACCGUGAUUGAUAUUCUCCCGAUGGGUGUGAAGAACUGGAAGGGACUCAAGAUCGAUGCAAGCAGUGCGGAUAGAGGCAUUUUGUUCCAGACAUACGACCAGCUAAACAGCUUCCCCAUGCCAGAUGCAAUCGAAACAUACUACGACGCGAUGGGAGAUCUGUACGUGGUAACGGCAAAUGAGGGCGCUAAACCUAUGAUGGCUCAGUGUUCCCUCGAAGUCUGCCCUGGCGGACCAGGAGAGUUCGAAGAAGUCGAGAUUGGUGAAGAAUUCAUCGUGGAAGAGCUACUUCCCCAACCCGUGAUAGACAGUCCCCUGGGACAAGCAAUGGCUGAAGAGACACAGUUAGGCUCUACUCUCUUCAGUAUGGUCGACGGUAUCAAUCCUGCUGAGCCAGAAUUUUUCAGCGAAGUAUUCAUGUUCGGUGGGCGUGGUAUCUCAGCCUAUAAGGUUGACCCUAUAACUAUGAACAUGACCUUGGCUUGGGACAGCGGUGAUGUCAUCGAGAAGGAGAUCGCAAAGUUCUUUCCCAAGAUCUUCAACGGAGCCGCAUUCUCUCGUCCUCCCCAGCGAGUUAAACCGUUCAUGACUAAGGACUCGCGAUCGAGUGGAAGGGGGCCUGAGUGUGAGUCUCUAGCUGUUGGUGAUGUCCAGGGCAGAAAACUUAUCUUCGUUGGUAUUGAUGGAGUAAGUGCUCUCGCCAUCUUCUCCGUUGCCCCUGGCAACAGCACACCUGUUUACGAAUCCCUCUUCAAGGACGGACAUAUUGAUGCCAGCUAUAACGCCCUCUACAAAAACCGAAAAACCGGCGACCUUUCCCCAGAAUCUCUUUCAUUCAUCCCUCCAGAAAAGAGUCAAACUAACAAGCCUCUCCUCCUUGUGACCGGUCGAGUGAGUGGUACAGUCUCUAUGUAUGAGGUGAUCGAUGUUCCUUACUGGAUGUUACUCAAGACACUUGGAACCAACAUAGAAGGAAGUAGUGCCAUAUCUGUGACGUCAUCAGCGUUCAGCAUCUUCUUCGCAUUUCUGUCUGGGAUGGUCGCAAUCUUCAUGAAAAUGUAAUUUUAUUCAUAAUAUAAUUUCUAAUGCAGCUCUUUUGAAAACGUUCUUGUUUCAUUUGGUGGUAGACUUCAAUCUAAUGAAUAACGAGAUUACGCAAGAUUCCCCCUUUUCGAUUUGUUUGUAUAUGGAUGUAAUCUAACCUGAUCAAUUUGAUUUCUUGAUAUCAAAUUUAAUAUUGGUUAGCAAGGAAAGUUGAAAAAACGUUUAAAAAAUAUAUUUGAGUCAUCCAUUUUUAUUUAAUCUGCAACAACUUGUCUCGCGUUUUAGUUUUCGUGCAGGAUCAAAAAGAAAACUUUCAAAAAAUAAGAAACAUAGAGCUUAAAUAAAAAAAAACCUGAAUUGCAUCAUAUGAUUCUCUUUUAAGAUGAAAAUGUAAUUCUUAUAUAGCCGAUCCCUUUGGCAGUACAUAUUUUUCUUCAAGCAUAUACGCAGACACCCUUUAGAAUUCUUUUUUUCAAGCGAUCUUCUUUAGGAAAUUUAGUAUUUUCUUUAUUUCGGUGAAGAUUUUUGAUGUUACUAUGUAAGGUCAUUGUAAUAUAUUGAUAUAACACACAACUAUUGUAACCAAGUGUUUUUUAAAUCACAUUCUUAUUUAUGUCUUAUGUGGAAAGGUGCAAUAGUAUUUUUGUUCUCAUAUACAUCAUGAAAAUUGUAUGAAUAGUGGUUACGAUGUUAGGUGUUAAAUAUAAAUUUGCUAUUCCGGAUUUUCUUUACCUUCAUAUAUUCAGAAAAUACGAUUGGUAAACUGAAAUGUUGAACGAUAUGAAAAAGUGUCGGAUAUGUUGAUAUGUUUGUUUAUUAUGAUACAGUCGUAUCAACUAAAUGAUGUACCUUACAUUUAACAAGGCCAAUAUUACUAGUCGUAUUGUUUGAAAUUUAUUAUAAAGUGCAAUAUUUUGUAAAUUUUGGAUCAACAAAAAUAAUAAAUUGCAUAAUAACAACAUGAA